UACUUUUCUAAAUCUAAAUGAUUUAUAGUACAAUCAUCAAAGUGCUGUUCUAUUGACUUACCUUCCACUUGCCCUGACUUAUAUCCAAAUAUUAGACUCAGAAUUGUCCCCUCUUUUUUUGAACUUCAUAUAUUUACUAGCAACAAAACUUCUCCUCAAUGCCAUUUCAUAAUUUUCACAGAAUCACAGUUCAUUCAACCCAACAUGCCUACAUCAGCACUUCAAGCAAGCAUCAUUAUCUAGUGCUAAUAUCCAGGUUGUUCCUCAUUCCCUUGAACUCUAUCUCUAUCCUAAUAAUCAUCCAAUGCCCUCUUGAAUGCCGACAUCAUAUUUAAAAGAAGUAUAUUUCAUACCAUAUGUACUUGCAUAGUUUUUUCCUUAUUUCAUCCUUGCUUCUUUUGCACCUCACUUUAAACUUUGCCCUCUUGAUUGAUUGAUUUGUUGAUUGAAUGAUUGUUAUAGGAAACGAAAUACAGUGAAAAGCUUUGUUUAUGAGGUGUACAGGUAGACCAUAAACAAGCAACAGUUCACAGAUCAAAAAGUUUUAGAGCGAGGCAUACAGACGACAUCACACAGAAGCCUGAGAUAGGCAAGAUCAACAUUAGCAAGGCCAGCAUUAUUUGAGGCUAGAGAGUCUAUUCAUCAGGAAAAAGCUGUUCUUGAGCCUGAUCAUGCAUGUGUUCAAACUUCUGUAUCUUCUGCCUGACAGAAGAGGUUGAAGGGAUCAUUACCAGGGUUCAAUGAGUCAUUGAUGAUGUUGGCAGCCUUUCCAUGGCAGCGAACCAUCACACCACAAGUCACCAAGAGUCAGCAGAUGUUGCAGAUGAGCAGGAGCAAGGCCUCAACUACUGUCUCUGGAGGAACAGUUGGACCAGUUUCCAGUGUCUCUGAAAUACUGGACUUGUAUAGAGAAGAUCCUGAAGAGAUUCUAUACAACCUUGGCUUUGGGAUGGAAGAGCCCAAUAUUACAGCAAAAAUUCCAUCCCGCUUUUUCAGCUACGCAUCUCAUGCAAAUGGAAUAAAUUUUAGGGUCUUCUUGGAGGCUCAGGUGAAGAGGCUGGGUGAAGAAAAUCCCUCUUACACACUGGCAAGUCGGUUUCGACAAAUCGAGGUGCUGACAACAAUGGCCAAUGCCCUGACCUCCUUGUACUCUCGUGUUUCUAAGACACCAGUACAGAAAAUUGGACCUGUUCACCAGUUUUCUUUCAGUCCUGAUAAAUCCAUUGGAAGAUCUUCCAAAAAACUGUCAGAAGGAAAGGGCAGUCCUGGAAAAGCAGUUCAAAAACUGAGGAAAACGAUUACUAAGUUAUGUUUAUAUGGAGCAUCCCGGGACUUGGAAUCUCCAAAACAAAAGGCAGGAUCUCCAAGCAGGAAGAGCCCAGGAUUGGAGAUGACUGGUGAUCUCACUGUGAAGACGAACUCUGUGAGAGCUGAGGCACAAGGGAUGGGAAUGACGAAUAAAGAAGCUUUGAAUUCAGGAGAAAAAAAUUCACCUCAUCCUGAAGAAGAAGAAGGCACGAGAAAGCCUAACACUGCAGUCAUCAAGGAGAUGUGGAGGACAGACACUGCAAGAUCCAGGCUGUAUGGAUUCAGUACAGAUUCUGACCAAUCUUGGGAAAUGGAAUUCCCUAUUAAGCAGCAAGAGUGUUCUAAUCCUAUGCCAUUGUAUUCUCCAGACACUGUUUGGAACUUUGGUGAAUAUGAGAAGCAACCUAUUGAUACACAGGAGUUCAAACAUAUCGCACUGAUUCAGUGGAAUAGUCAGAGCAGCUCAGAAGAUAGUGAUGCUUUGAAACAUGAUGCAAAUCCACAGAAUAUUUUAGAAACUGUUGAUUCAGUUGGAUCUUUAUUCCAGAAAAAUGCAAUCCAAGAUACUUAGAAUGACAUGGAGUUUAUUUUUUAAUAUGGCCAGAGCCUCACAGAAACAAAUUUGAAAAGUUACCAGGUAUGUCCCCGGCAACACCGAUGCAAAAACAGGUUGUCUGACUCAGCUCAAUACGUCAUUAUUACCAAAUUAAUCUGCACUCCAUGGGACUGAGAAUAUCCUCUCCCAGCAUAAAGAUCUAUUAAACAAGAAGAGAUUUGGUGAUCAAAGGAAGGGCCAGUUUUAAAUAACAAAUUAAAAAUUCACAAUCAACAUAAUAUUGCCUUCUGAUGGGACAAGUGAGGAGAAAAUGAACUGGUCCUCACAUUGGAAAUGGGUGCAAGAACACUUACAGAAUCAGAGAAUACUUUAGCACAGAGGAGGCAUCUUGCCACUAGCUCUUUUGAACAGCAACUUAAUUUAUUCCACUCUGCCAUUCUUUCAUGUAAUUUUUCUUUAUAUUUAUCCAAAUCUAAUUGAAGCCUAUUCUUGAAUCUACAUCUAGUACUUUAUCAGGCAGUGUAUUCCUAUUCCUAACCAUUUCAAUAAAUACAUUUUUCCUAACGUUGACUCUGAUAUUUCAACUAUUCUCAUUCUUAACCAUUCAGUUUUUGGAAACUACUUAUUUUAUUUGUUCCAUCUUCUAUCUUCCUGAAAUUAGAUAGCUAUAUUCUGUUAACCUCUUCUCUGAAGAGAACACCAGCUCUCCAACCAAACCAUGAACCUACUAUCUAUCAGCCUUGAAAUCAUGCCAGUAAAUCUUUUCUGUAUUCUCAUUGAAGACUUCAUCACAUUCCUAAAGUCUGGAACCCAGGAUUCGAUUGCUUAGCCCAGAAAUAGGCCGAACUAACGUUCCUUCUCGCUGUCUGUCUGUCUCUCUCUCAUCUUACAUCAUUCUCAUUCAAUGUGGAUUGUCUCUCUUCAACCUCUCUACCAAAAUGAACCAUCUUGCAAUUUGUUGCCUAACAUGUGCAUGCUUAAUACUUGAGCUCCCUGCUCUCUUGAACUCAUUCCUUCUCUGUUUAAUGGACACCUAAAAUUCAUGCUAUUCACAGUUUUUAAAAUUGUGCUUUUACUUCCAAAUGAAAGCCCUCAAGAGAUCCAAGUCAGCAGAAACUUGGAGAAAUUUACUAUAGAUUUCCCUUAGUCCAAAAAAGAGACAUUCACAACUCUGUAGAAGCUAAGAGAUGUGCAACAGUGUCCGGUGUGAAUUUUGCUAACAAACCUAAUGAAAGGAUGUAGGAAAUGAGCAAGAAACUGGAAUUGAGAUUUAAGAUCAACUAUACUUGAAUUGAAUGGUGGAGCAGGCUCAAUGGCCUGUGUCAUCUUCUGCUUCUGGUUCUUAUGUUCUUAUCAGUGGGAGAUUAAUUAAUAAUCUAAUCUGUGAACUCUCUGACCUGGGACUGUUUGAUGCAGAACAACAGACAUUUACUCUAUUGAUUCUGUGCUCUAUCAACUCUGAGAAUGGCAGAUGGAUGUGUUAGUUUACUUUUUAUUAAAUGAUGCAGAGGGUAUCUGAUGGGACUGCAUAGAAGGAACAUUUAUUUUUUAAAAAACUGAGCCUGACCCUGAGUCCAUUUGAUAGUCUAGAGGGAGAUUUAAUGUUCAGUUAACCUAUGUUAUACCUUCAUUGGAUGAAUUAAUUGGGCAGCGUAAAGCAUGUUUUCAAGAAGCAUAGAAUCCCUAUGGUGUUGAAACAAGCCAUUCAGCCCAACAAGUUCACACUGCCUCUCCGAAAAGCAUCCUACCCAGACCCCUUCCCCUACCCUGCAUUUCGCAUGUCUAACCCACCUAACCUAAACAUCCCUGGCUCUACAGGCAAUUUAGCAUAGCCAGUCCACCUACCCUGCACAUCAUUGGACUGUGGGAGUAAACUGGAGCACCCAGAGGAACUGAUACAGACAUGGGGAGAAUAUGCAAACCCUACACAGACAGUCACUGGAAUUAAACCCAGGUCACUGGUUCUGUGAGGCAGCAGGGCUAACCACUGAGCCACCAUGCUGCCCAACCUUUAUUUGUCUUUAAUAAAAACCAAAAGAACUGCAGAAGCUGUACAUCAGGAACAAAACAAAGUUGCUGGAAAAGCUCAACUGAUCUGGCAGCAUCUGUGAAGGAGAAAACAGAGUUAAUGUUUCCGGCCUGGUGACCCUUCCUCAGAACUGAAGAAGUUAACUCUAUGUCAGUUUGGCCUAUUGCUGGGGUAAUCCUGGGUUCCAGACUUUAGGAAAGUUAAGGAAACGUUAACUCUGUUUGCUUAUCCAAAUGCUGUCAGACCUGCUGAGCUUUUCCAGCAACUUUGUUUUUUUUGUACUUUGUCUUUAUUUGUCUUAUUUAUCUUCAUUUAUCUUGGGUUCAUUUGGUGGAAUGUAAGAGUGCAGAGAGAACUCUGUAUCUGCUCUGACAGUGCUUGAUGGAACACUGUAGCAGGAGUCUUAUGUUUCUCUAACCCAUGCUGUAUCUGCCUUAGGAGGAUUUAAUAGGUUAAACUAGAAUGAGUUUUACUCUAUAUAACCUUUCUAGCAGGCGUAAGGGAAACAUUGAUGAGGCAAGUAUAGAACCAACUUUAUUUUAUAACCUAAGCUUUACCUUCCUUGGAAAUCUCUCACAAGGCAGUGUUGACUGACAGGGUAGUUUAAUAUACAGCCUUUUUGUCCUAAGAACAUUUGAUAGUGCAGGGUUGUGGAAUCUUGUGCCACUGAUGAAACAGAUGACAGGGAGAAUUACUCUGUAUUUUGCCAAUUUUGCACCUUCCGGAAGGACUUGACAGAACAGUGCAGAGGAAACUUUCAGGCUUGAUUGACCUGCACCAGUCCCUGUAUAAAAGAGUUGGGGCUGACUGAUCACAUUCACGUUCCAAUGAGGGGAUAAAUUGCCAUCCUUGUGUUCCUAAAUAAUUUGAAUGCCUGAACAGCCACUUCUUGCUUCUGUGUAGACGAUUUAUAUGUCUAAAGUGCCACCUCGAGAUCCUGAACAAGACAAGUUUGAAAGCUUUUUUUUAAAAAAAUGCAAAAUCGCCAAACUACACAAUUUUCAAGCUCAGAUUCACAAACAGCCCAGACCAGGUUUUUGUACUUAACAAGAAGCUACUAUUUAAUAUAGGCCAUUAGAUUUAGGCUACAAGUAAACAAUUAAACUAUAUUAAGUAAACUUUACAGAUUAAAUCUUUAAACUCCUUGCAAUCUCACCCUUACGCAUAAGCAGAUAGACAUAAAUGGGGGAAAGAAUGUUGAGGGAAAACUGGGAAAUUAGUUCUGGAGUUUCUUUUCACAAAAUCUUGUCAAUCUUUAGUUGAUGCUUGUUGACUUGAAAGUUACAUUUCAAUGUUUAAGCAAAACACCAAAGCAGACAGAAGUUUUGAGUAUCUUUAUACUAUUAGCAUCCUUUUAUCCAUAUUCCAAUCUUUCUUCAUAUAGCCAAUCUCACUCUGGAUUUUUGCUGUCUCUUGCUCUAUCAGCGUCUGUCCUAUACAGUCUCCUCUCAAGCUAUUCUUAGAAUGUUAUCAAUAAUACUGUUUCCUGUUUACAUAGAUAUCUUCAGUGAUCCUACUGACAUUGUCUCUAAGUUGCAUCAGGCUCACUCCAUACAAAGAUGACACCUGUCUUCUAGUACAAAAGCAUAAUUCAGCUUUAGGGUCUAAAGAUAUAAAUUUCCCCUAACAAAUCCAAGCAAUGCGAUCCUUGUCAAAAAUAAAGUUGUAAAGAACCUUUAAUGGGGUUAAAGCCGUUUGCUAGAAGCCAAGAGUCUUGACACAAAUGCAACUUAUUAGAAUCUAAGAAAUGAAGUAAGAGACAACAGUGAAUUGUUUCCAAAACAAGAUCUUAAACAUCAAGUUCACACUGGUCACUGCUUUCCAAACAGGAAGGAGAAAUUUUAGAUAAAAUCUCCUCAAAUGUGAGUCAACAUGACAGUGAUUUUGUUUCUUGAGUCUUCUUUCUAAGCGGAUUGGCAUAGAUAAACUGAAUUUCUAGAUAAA